UGAUAUUUGUCAUAUUUGACAUUUUAAGCCAAAACAAAAUUGAGGUUAUGUUAUGAUUUAUUUUCAUAUAUUAUAAAAUAAAUAGCAGAGGAAAAACAAGUGCAAUACAGUUAUAAUAAAGACCUGUAAAAUGUCUACAAAGGAAGGGAUUAUCAAGCAAAUGCAGUCUCUUAGAGAUUCAAUUCAAAGUUUUGGCAAACGUAAAUCGGUACGAUAUGGUGUCCCUUUUCUUUUAUUCGUUGUCGGAGGCUCUUUUGGACUAAAAGAAUGGACUCAAAUCAGAUACCAAUUUUCAAAAGUUAAAGGAGUCAGUAAAGAAGAAGCAGAAAAAAUGGGACUAAACAGAACUAAAAAAGUUACACUUGAAGAUGCCUAUGAAGAAAUACAAAAGCUUGAUAUUGAUAACUGGGAGAACAAGAGAGGUCCGCGGCCUUGGGAAGAUAAUUUACAGCAAAAGUCAUAGCUUGUUUCAUAUUUUGUUUUAUUAGUAGUAUGGUAGAAGAUGUAAAAAUAUAUUGUUAUUUGUUUUUUAACUAGGAUAA